UGCAUUCCACACUGUUUCUCCUCUGUCAAAACUCUCUCUCACUCUGUCAAAACUCUCACUCUCUCUCUCUCUCUCUAUACAAAUUAAUGGCUGAUCAGAGCACAAACCCAUCAAUCAUGGAAUCAAAAUCACGACACCCACUUCACCAAAUCGCAGAAACACCAACCCACAAGCUUCUUCUCAAGCAAUGGCUCAAGGAAGAGGAACUAAUCCUUGGAAGAAUCACCCUCAAAGAAACCCAAAUCGACUCGGUCCGAAAAGAAAUCACAAUGCUAUACAUCUUCUUCUUCCUCUUCCACUCCAUAUCUCUAGUCCUCCUCUUCAAUGCCUCCUCCUCUAAUGACCCACUUGGAUACAACAAGCUAGCCUGCCACAGAUCAUGGAUCCCAUCACUCUGUUCGAUUCUGUUUUCUCUCGGAAUCAUCUGGGCUGUGCGGUACAAGACCGAUGUGGAGGUCCACUUGGAGAAGCUAUUAGAGAGGGAAAAAGAGGAUGGGAAGCUGUUGGCUAAGUGUGCUGAAGAACUGAAGAAGAAGGGGCUUGAAUUCGACUUGUUGAAGGAGGUCGAUGCGCUUCGAAGGGCAAAGAGUUUGCGAGUCGAGGCCAAGGAGGUCAGGAAAUGGUCUGCAAGGGAUUUUGUCACCUUGUUCUUCUUCACAAUGUCUUGCUUUGUUCUUGCAAUCACAAGGGUUAUCUUGUGUAAUUAGGCCUUUUUUAUCUGUAAAGGGGCAUUUGUGGGGGUUUGGAUUGGAUAAUAGGAUCUUGGCAAUUUAAGUGGGUAAUUUUGGGAUAGGAUUGGAUUUUUUUGAGUUCAUUAAUUUGUUUUUUUUUUUUUUUUUUUUUUUGGUUGCUAAUUUUAUAUGGGGGCAGAAGACUUGGUUUUGUCAUCAAAUUGUCAGAAUUUAGGUGUUGGGAUGACAAGUCAGUGCAGAACGUUCUGUUCUGCUUUUGGUGAUAUUGGAAUUUGGAAACAUAUGGCAAACUCAUGGAAUAAAUAUUGAUUUUACUUUAUGUUA